AUGACUCAUGUGCUUUACUUUGGAGUAGGUGAUUUUGCCUUAUAGAUGUAGACCAUUAUGAAUGACAAUUAGAAAUUGCAAAGGAUUGUGUUCCCACAGAACAAAUAUUCUCGAGAUCCUGCUAAAACAUCCAAAAAGGGAGAGCAGGAGUUGUGUUUUAUCAGUGCCAUAUGUUGUGAAUAAAAUACAUUCCUGAUAGAUACUUAAUACGAUCUCUGGGGGUUCGGAAAUUCUCAAUUCGCUUAAUUAGGUUUAUAACAGCCCUCUGUUAGCAUGCCUGUCAACAUAUCACAAAUAACCCAAAAUUCUUAUAAAUUAGUAAAUGCUGGAACUGGCUUUGUGGUUGCCUACUCGACAAACAAAAAGAUCUACGUCUGGGGCAAUUGGCAUCAAUUGAAUUACGGAGAAGUCUUGAAACUUUCAGAGAAACAAGGCUUCACCGAAUAAAUUGACACCUUUUAUUAGAUAAGCAGUCUUGAUAUUACUUAUAAUUUUUCGAUCAAUAGAUACAAUGAAUUGGAGAGAAGAUCCAGUCAUUUGCCAGUUCACCAAGCUGAGGUUGUAGCACUGAAAUGUGUAGGCACAACCACAUAUCUUUUGACUCCAAAUAAAUUGUUUUGUUUGGGCUUGCAAUAGCAAUUUGCAGUAUAAUUUAUAGGAAUUGCUUGUGGUUAGAAGCAUGUACUGGCUUGGGAUGAUUAAGGUAAGGUGUGGAGUUGGGGAGAGUUUGCAGAUGGGAAGUUAGGUUAUAUGGAUUUUAUCUAGAAGGAACAAUUGGUUCCAAAAUUAAUCGAGGAUUUCUCAACCAAAAUAGUAUCUUGUGUAUGUGGUACCAAUUAUAGCAUUGCACUUGAUGUGAAGGGAGAUAUCUAUGGGUGGGGCAAAGGUCCUUUUUAGAUGGAUUUAUCCAAAGCUGUUAUACCGGCCAAACUAUGCUAAAAACAGAAACCGUUCAUCAAGAUAAUGGCUGGGGAUUCUCAUUUUGGAGCAUUGGAUUUAUCAGGUUAAUUGUUUGGUUGGGGAAUAAAUAUUAAAAACUGUUUAGGGGAUUUGGAUGAUAAAGUCAGGUAUCCUUAAUUGAUAGAAUUGAAGAAUGUAAAAGUAAUUGACGCUGCUAUGGGUAGCACUUUUACUGUUCUUAUUGUUCCGGCUAAUUCGAAGUACAAAUUGCCAAGUUUGAAUGUUGAUUAGUACACCUCGCAUUAAUAGAGGAGAGUCAAAGAGGAGGCUGCCUUUAUGAAGGAUUUUGCUGAUAAAAAAAAUAAGAUUGAUCAAAUUUAAGUGCAAACUUCGAUUCAAUAAUUUUGUGAUACCGUAGAAUCCCCCUUGAAAAACACGUAAUAUGAGUAAACUGCUGGGUUAUUAAGGAAGAUGAAGAGCCAAGUUGAUUCUCUCAAGGGUGCAUCGAAGAAUAAAUGGAAUACGAAAUCUUUACGAUUGGACACUGAUAUCAUUAAUUAUCAUACUCAAGUAAAUUAGGACUAUGAUGAUGUGUAAUCCAAAUUAAAAUAAUUAGAAUAUCAAAAUUACCUAUACAUACCUGUGUGCAAUACUUCAACUCCAACAUCACAAACUUGGGAAUAGCACAAAGACAUAGAUUAACUGUUAAGUCAUGAAAAUGAUGUUUUGAAGUAUUAAUACAUCCUAAUGGUUAAGUCUUAGGAUGAAUCUAAAUUUAUGAAGACUCUGUUAAACGAUAACAAUAAGCAAUCAUUUGAAAACCAGAAUAAUUUAUAAACUCAUUCGAAGUCUUCCAAAAAUAAAAGCGAUGAUCUCAAUCAAAGUGAUAAGAAGAAGUAUCACGAUAAAUUUGAUCAGUUUGAUCCCUAUUUCCUUCAUAAUGUCAAAAGAGAUCUCAAACAAUUAUCAUAAAAGAGAAAAGAAAUCUUUUUGAAGAAAUAAAAAUUAAGAGAAGAACUCAAUAAGGAAAUUACUGAUAAAAUGCAGUUAAAAAAGGUUCCCAUUCAAAACAAAGAAGACAUCAUUAAAGCCAUUUAAACUUAAGCCUAUGAAAGAGAGAUGAAAUUAAGAAUUGUUCAAUAAAAAAAGUAAGAUAACUUUGUAGAGAAGAUCCAUCACAUCCAACAAUAAAUCCAAGAGAAAUCCCCAGAAUUUAGAUACAAAAAGAGACUAGAAAUUAUUAGAUAACAACAAAACAUGUAAUUUUUUAGGAUGAUUUUGACUUAUUUUAAUAUGGAAAAUAUCUUUCAAAUGAUGUAGGAUACUUCUCAAAGAGGUUUAGAAUUGAAACGAUUAAUGUUUAAAGAACAUAUGAAAGCUAGAAUCAUUCAAAAUACAAUCAGAAAAAGGAAUAUCAUCAAAAAAAUUAAAUCGAAACUAGGGUUAAGAUAAAAGAAAAUUUUAUUAUCAUUUAUAUUUAGAUUCAAAAUUCAUUUUAGAAUUAAAUCUAAAUAUACUUAUAUCAGAAAAAUCAACUUAUAUCAUUUGAGAAGCUCCUUAUUUGUUAAAUUUAGAGUCAAUUUAAAGACUAUCACAGCCAAAACAUUAACAAUUUAACGAUUUUGGAAAUGGUACAAUCAUAACUUCCAAGUGCAAUUAAGUUAUCUUAAUUAUAAAUGGGAUGAGUAUUUAAAACAAAGUUUUAAAGGUCAAAUGACCGAAAAAGAUAGAGAAGAAUUAAAAUUGCAUGAAUUACCACAUCUCCUGGAAAAGUAGCAUCAUAUUUUAUAAAGACUGAUUGCACCUUAAAAAUCAUAAAAUUGGAAUGAUCUAAAGUUUAAACUCAAUCCAGUAUUUAAAGCAACUGAAUUGAGGACAAAUUUAUUAAAAAAAGUCAAGACCUUUGUAUAAAUAGAUGAAGACAUUAAAGAUAUAGAUCCUAAAAUUUUAGGAAGAGUCCUACUACCAUAUACUAAAUACAUCGAUAACAUUGCACUUAGUGUAGCAGCUAAGAUAAGAUUUGAUUAUCAAAUGAUGAUAUAAUUGUAAGUUCAUGAAAAAGUAUUCAUGGAAGAAUUAGUGGUCAAAUAUGAAAUUCUAAAAGAACAUCUCCAAAAAAUUAGAAGAGAAUAUACCCUAUAAAUGAGAGAAUUUUAUACAAAAAUAAAUGAUUAUAAAGAAACUCAUAAGCAAUAGAUAAAUACAGAUAGAGGGAAAUUAAUGAUUAGAUUUAAAGCUGAUGGACCUGAAAUUAAAUAAUUGAAGGCUAAGGAUGAUUAAGAAAUCAAAUACAUUUUACAAAAAAGGGAAUUUUCAAGAAGAAGAAAUGGAUAAAACUCAGUAGUCUUUAAAGAAAUAAUUUUUAAUAAAAUUCGUUAAUUACCAUAAGAUUAGUAACCAUUUCCAAAUUUGAUACUAAAAUUAGCGGAAAAUAUGUGUUCUGACAUAAAACCAAAAUUAAAAUUGAGAUUAACUUAGAGUGAAUGGUCAAGGCUUUUUAAUCAAUAUUAAUCAGAACUUAAACAAAGAUAUCUUGCCAUUAUGAACGAAGCAAGAAAGGCAGCAGCUCUCAGAACUAAACAUUUAAAGUAAAACAAACUGAUAAAAAAGAAAAGAACUUAAAAGACAGAAUAAUGA